AUCUGGAUUUACAACCUCGUAACCGGCCCGGGAGCGGCAACGUUUCGGCGUAUGGGUAAACUGCAGCCCUCAGCAAAUCCUGAGCGCCUGGGAUAAUACCAGCUUCACCUCCCCCCCCCUCCUUUCCCCUCCCCCACCACCACUCUGCCUGCCACCCCCUCUCUUCUCUCUCCUUUCCCCGGGCUGGAUUUCUUUUUUUUUUCCUCCCCUGGACUCGUGGAGCCGCCAUUUUCCCCCCAUCGGAUCCUAUGUGACACAUGACGAUGAUGAUGGCAGUGCCGCAGAGCCCGGGAUGUGAGCGCUCUCCUUGCCUGGAGGACGGAUUCCUCAUUCUCUCCUCCCAUUGCUGAUUUUGGAAUAGCAAAAGCGAUCACUGAAAUACUUUCACCGCUAGAGAACAAUUGGUCAGUCCAAGACCCAUAAACUUUACUUUGCGGCCUGUUGGAUUUGUCAUGGAACAACGUGAAAACGCCAGCGGCAACCGUCAUGGGUGUUGUGAAACGGAUUUCCUGCCGUCCGCCACAUCGGCGAAGGCCCCGGCCAUCUCUGGUUGUGCAGGAGGAGACCCCUUGAUGCCAGCCCCCGGGGCCACCAAGGCCGGUCCAGGGAACGUGGAGUCGAUGGAGCCGGAGGAAGAAGACGAGCUCGGGUCGGGCCGAGACGUGGAUUUAAACUCCAACGCGGACAGUGAGAGGUGGGUUACCGGAGACGGCAUGGAAGAGCAGGAGUUCUCCAUCAAGGAGGCCAACUUUACGGAGGGAAGUCUGAAGCUCAAGAUCCAGACCACCAAGAGGGCCAAGAAGCCCCCGAAAAACCUGGAGAACUACAUUUGCCCUCCAGAGAUUAAAAUCACCAUAAAGCAGUCGGGAGAUCAAAAACUCUCCAAGGCUGGGAAGGCCGGCAAAGCCACAAAGGACGACGAGAGGGUUCACGUGAGAAAGAAGACUCUGACAGCCACAGACAUGGCAGCCAAUGACAGCGAGGGGGAACAGCCUGAUGUACAUGAAAAGGUACAGAAACAUUCUGGACUGCAUUACGACUCCGGAGUUCCUCCAGUCAUCACCAGUGACACCUUAAAACCAAAGCACCAGCAGAAAAGUAACCAGCAUCAUCUUGACUGGUUGCCAAGUUCAGGCCCUGGAGCCUCAGCGCAGAGCAGCUUCCUGGAUGCCGAAACUGGCAAGGAGGCACCUAAUGCCACCAAGAGUCCCAGGCCAGAAAUGGCUUCCCCAUUUCUCAAGUCUCAGUCAAAGAAAACGAAUGCGGGUGGGAGUCCUUGGACUAAGAUUUCAAACGCAAAGGAUAAUUCAGCUUCCAGUGCCCUUCCAUCACCAAGCAGCAACAGCAUUUUAUCGGUAGCUAACGUUUCCGAGCCAAGUAGCGGUCUGUCAACAUUGGAGGACCAAAAAGGUGGGGACUCAAAGGAGCAGCCUUUGUGUACUGCAAAAAAGAAAGGCGGCAAAAAGGAGGCGAGUCAAGCUGUACAGGCAGGAGAACACGAAAGAGGGAAAAAUAAUCCAAAAGUAAGUGACCAUAAAAGUCAUGAAACUGUGGACAAUAAGAAGGAUGCUGAUGGUUCAGCAGCUGUGCAACAACGGCAAGAUGCAACUCCUGCAAAUGGUGGUGAGACGGAUUCAAGCCAUGUGAGGAUCGCACUUCCUAUUAAAUCUGCACCGGUGGAUCCACCCUUGAAUAGACGGAAGAAAAAACAGUCUUUGAAGCCAGCCUUGGUGAAAAAAAUGCCAGAUGAGGACCAGCAUUGUGGGAGGCCAUCAAUGAACGAAGUGAGCAACCAAACAAUUACUCAGCCCCAACUAGCCAGGAAGGAUAACAGAGUGGCUAAACAGGGUAAACUUAUGAGUAAUGAUAUGCCAUCAAAGUCGCAAGAAAUGAAUGGAAGUGUGGGGAAAACCUUUGUAAGCGGCAUAACCCGUCUGCAGAAAUCUGCUGCUGCUCCUCCUGUCUCAAAAGCCAUUUCCGAGAGCUCCAGAUCGAAAGUGCCCGAUUUGCAACACCCCAAAUUUGCCGCCAAGAAAAGAUGGGCAUGUGGAAAGCCUAAGAUAAAUGCUCAUGAAAAUUCUGUUUCACAUUCUGAAAAAAUGGUGGUGGAUCCACCCUCUGCCUACCCAAUAACCCCCUCUAGCCCGCUUUAUACAAAUACAGAUAGCCUUACAGUAAUUACGCCAGUGAAGAAAAAAAGGGGUAGACCAAAGAAACAGCCUUUGCUUACUGUUGAGACGAUCCACGAAGGAACGUCUACAAGUCCAGUAAGUCCCAUUAAUAGAGAGUUCCCUGGAAUCAAGAAAAGAAAGGGGAGGCAUUCCCUCUCUGAGUUGGUCCAAAUGCCAUCUGCGACGGAAAAGAACAUUGGCGAGUUAGAUUUUCACAAAAAGGUUGGAAAGCUUGGAAUGUUAGAUAAGAAAACCAUAAGAACAAUCAACAAGAUGAAAACACUUAAAAGAAAAAAUAUCCUAAACCAAAUUCUGUCUUGCUCAAGCAGCAUUGCCUUGAAAUCGAAAUCUCAGCCACAGUCCAACGCAAUAGGAACCGUAACUACAACUCUUGAUGCUAGGUUAGGCAAGCAGAUUAAUGUUAGUAAGAGGGGAACAAUCUACAUAGGGAAGAAAAGGGGGAGAAAGCCAAGAGCAGAGCAGGUUCCCCAACAAAAUGAACACAGAACAGCCAUCAAACCAACCAGGCCUGUUUCUAACCAGCCCGAAAUCCCAACAGUGCCUUCUAACUUGCAGUCAUUUGCGGCAUCUUCACCAGCAGCUAUUCACAGUUUUACAACCCAGCUAGUAGGUUCUAAUGGAAACCUUAGCCCUGCCAGCACUGAUACGAUGUUUUCAGAUUUAAAAACAAUGCCAAAUCUUCAGCCAAUCAGUGCUCUUCCAACAAAAAUCCAGAAAGGAAUCCAUAGCAGCUCUUGGAAGUUGUCUCCACCGCGGUUAUUGGCUCACUCCCCUUCUCACCUCUGUGAGAUUGGCUCCCUAAAGGAAGUCACACUGUCCCCUGUGAGUGAGUCACACAGUGAGGAAACCAUCCCAAGUGACAGCGGUAUUGGCACAGACAACAAUAGCACUUCUGACCAAGCCGAGAAGGGAUCAGAAUCCCGUAGACGGUACUCCUUUGAUUUUUGUUCCCUGGACAACCCAGAGGUUAUCCCAUCUGAAACCAGCACAAAAAGCAAACAUGGCCACCGGCAGAAGCAUCUCAUUGUUGACAACUUUCUUGUCCAUGAAAGUGUUAAAAAGCCAAAGCACAAAAGAAAGCGGAAGGGUUUGCAGAACAGGGACAAUUUGCAGUUUCUUGCAGACCUUGAAGACCUGAUUAACAAGUUUCAAGUCUUUAGAAUUUCCCACCGAAGUUACAGCUUCUACCAUGAAAAUCCUUAUCCCAGUAUCUUCAGGAUCAACUUUGAUCACUAUUACCCUGUGCCAUAUAUUCAGUACGACCCCUUGCUCUACCUUCGCCGGACCUCUGACAUGAAAUCAAAGAAAAAGCGUGGUAGACCUGCCAAAACCAAUGACACCAUGACAAAGGUGCCUUUUUUGCAAGGGUUUGGAUACCCCAUUCCCAGUGGAAGUUACUAUGCACCAUAUGGAAUGCCUUACACAUCAAUGCCUAUGAUGAACCUUGGUUAUUAUGGUCAGUAUCCAGCUCCUUUGUAUAUGUCUCAUACGCUAGGAGCAACUUCUCCGUUUAUGAGGCCCCCUGUUCCACCACCCCAGUUUCAUACAUCUUCUCAUAUGAAGAUGUCUACAGUCGCCAAGCAUAAGACAAAACACGGAGUACACCUACAGUCAUCAGUAGGUAUGGGCUUAGGAGACAUGGCUCCUAAAACAGGAACAGUUGGACUUUCAAGCAGCCGGCUCCACAAACGAAAACACAAACAUAAGCACAAGCAUAAGGAUGAUCGCAUCCUUGGGGGACACAGUGAUUUCGGUGGAUUUUUUUCUGCCAAGUCCACAAGCUUUUCAGGUCACACCACAAACGACAAACUCAGUCCUUCCAAUAAGGAUCUUUCCUCCGUCAAUGAGAAAAGCAAACACAAAGAACGACAGAAGCACCAGCAUUGUGAAAAUGGACAGCGAGGUCCAAAGUCAACGUUUGAGGUGGACACGCUUUCGUCCUUGUCACUUUCAGAUGGUCAGCACUGGACUCAGUCCAAGGACAAAAAUGACUUGAGCAGUGAAGCUGUUGAUAGCUGCUUGAAAAGGUACUCUGGAAAUGACUGCGGUGGCCGAGUGGACUCUUCUGACCUGUUUGGGGACAUUAAUUCAUCCGGUGAUAGGAGGGAUGGUGACCUGAGUGGGAAUAAAAGACGGACCUUUGAAGGUUUUGGUUCCUACAGAGAAAAGGACCUUCAGUCGUUUCGAAUGAACAGGAAGGACAGGAAUGCAUUUGAUUCUUCUGGAUCAAGUGGAAACCCCAAUGCUCACCAGAAAGCCGACCAGAUUUCUCAGCAUAACAGAAAUGAUACUACAUCUUCCAACAACUUGACCAAAAGGAAGCCAGCAGCCGAAUCUGCCUCCGUGCCUCCAAACCCUCUCCUAUCCUUCUUCUCAUCAUCCAACAAAUCAGCCAACGCCUCACUUCGAAACCGCUUCAAACGAUGUGAGAUCGAAGCCAUCCAGUCUGAGGUGAGGAAAAUGUGCAACUACGAUAAACUCCUGUCCACCAAAAAGAACAUGGAUCACGUGAACAAAAUCCUAAAGGCCAAGAGGUUACAGAGACAAUCCAAGACCGGCAAUAACUUUGUGAAAAAAAAGCGAGGCCGCCCUAGGAAACAGCCCAUCUUGUUCGAUGAUGACUCCAGAGACCAAAUGCCCAUCCUGGAAAAAUGCGUCGACCUCCCCAACAAACGAGGUCAAAGGUUCCACUCCCAGGAGCAGCAGGGGAAAUGUCAGGAUACGGUAAUGGACACCAUCGAGGCCGUCAUACACAUGGCCAGAGAAACUCAAAAUCCCCGCUUGCAGAAUUCCCGCGGGAAGCGGAGACUCGUCGAAGAGGAGGAAGUCAAGACAAAGCGCCAUCGAAAGAGACGAGGGGAAUCGGACAUUUCUCACUAAUAAGCGUCACCUUUGAGUUGAUAAUCAGGCUGACCGUAGACUUUAAUGGGGUAGAAUAACCUCCUACUGAGGCUGCAGCACCCAAUCUUUUUUUUUUAAUGUUACAGGAUGACAGCUUUUUACAGUGGGGUUUUGUACGGCUUUUGACUCUAGACUUCAAACCUCUAUUUUCAUGCUAUGUCAUAUGUUAUGUCGUGUGUAGAAAAAAAACGACGACGGCUUGUUUUUGGAUGUGGCUUUUCGUUCCAGGAUACUGAACUAGGCUUCUGAUUUCUGGUGGAAGGUUGGUCUUUACUGGAAAGUUGCAAUCCCUUCAUUUUCACUCAUAGAACAAACGGUUUCUAACGGCCAGUGACAAUGGGGAAGAAAAAAAAACAGAAGCUAUCUGUAGGAAAAAUAGGACCUUGCUUAUAUUAUAACCCCCAGCUAUGCCUGCUCAGUCAGGUUGUAAUAUAGGUGAGGUCAUCUUUAAACUGCCAAUCUUUCCAUAGUAGGACACACUGUGUUGACAAGUCCCCUUCCUAAUUUCUUAGAUUGAUGACACAGAUUUACAUGUACCUCAGACUACAUGUAGACAUCGAUGUGUAUGAAAUUUGUUGGAAAUAUCAACUGAUAUGUAUCUUUUUCAUAUGAUACUCUGAAUGGAAUAUCGACACUAAGUGGUCUCGGCCUUACCUAGCUGGACCAUGUGUCCCAUCAUGAAGCAUAGAUAGGCCUUUUGUUUUAUUUUGAUUUUUUUAGUUUCUUUAAUAUGAGAUGUUGAAUAAGCUAAAGUCUAGGAGAUGCCUUCUUUCAAGUAUAUCAUUAGAAAACCAAUUUAUCUGAAUGUUUAUCCAGUAUGUAACCUAAUGUUUGCCGUGCUCAGAUGUUUUUAUUUUCCAUACUUUGAUGCCUUCUCUG